AUGUCAUCGAUUACCAUCGAACCACGCACACCAGCUGUCUUUGUUAAACCUAUCUUGUACGGAAAUACAGCGAAACAUUUCGGUACGAAAAGGGAUUCUGAUGGGCAUACACAUAAAUGGACGUUGUAUGUUCGAUCAUUCUAUCAAGAAGAUCUUUCUACGUACAUAAGUCGUGUACAAUUUCGUCUGCACGAAACAUAUACGAAUAAUAUUCGUGUUGUCACCCAUGCACCAUUUGAAAUCGAAGAAAGUGGUUGGGGCGAAUUCGAAACACAAAUAACUCUCUAUUUUGUGGAUCCGAAUGAAAAACCGGUAAUCUUCUAUCAUCAUUUGAAGUUAUUCUCAGCUGAGCCAGAUGUUGUGACUGGGAAAGAAGCGUUAGUGAAUGAAUUCUACGAUGAAUUGGUCUUCCAUGAACCAUCUGAACAGUUAGCUCGUUUACUUAUAUGUUCGAAGGCUAAUCCAUCACCUGCAGACGAAAAAGAAUAUGCACUGCAGAAAUCCGAAACUUUAGCAAAGAUAAAAAGUGCUCGACAACGUGUAAGAAAUGAGAUUCAGGAACUAACGGAACGGUUUCGUAUUACUCAAGAGAAUAUCAAACGAAUUCGUCAACGAUCUGUUGAUCAGAUCUGUGCUCCAGGCACAUUUAUGGGAUUACCGAAUGAAGCAAUAGAGUAA